AUGAAGGCCAAGGACUUCUGGCCAUCCUCCGGGGGCGACUCUUCGUCGUCUACUACUGUCGGCGAUGUCGUCAUUCGAGAUGCCCAUGACAUGGUCGUCGAGAAGACCAAAAGCCAGGGCGGCCACUCGGUCGCCGCCAAUUCAGCCCAGCAGGGCGAGCUUCAACGCCAGUUGUCUGGGAGACACCUGAACUUCAUUGCCAUUGGCGGAACCAUCGGUACGGGCUUUUUCCUGGGCAUGGGCAGCGCGUUGGUCAAGGCUGGGCCUGGCGGUUGCCUGAUCUCCUACGUCUUUGUUGGAACCAUUCUUUGCCUGGGGUUUGCGGUUGGAUGGCUGUAUUGGUUUGGCUGGGCCAUCACUUAUGCCCUUUCCCUCACCGCAGCUGGCCUCAUUAUCCAGUAUUGGAACAAAGACUUCAAUAUUGGCAUCCUGAUCGCCAUCUUCUGGGUCGUCUUUACUCUAAUCAACUAUCUUCCCGUUGGCAUUUACGGCGAACUCGAGAUGUGGCUGUCCAGUUUGAAAGUUAUCACUAUCGUCGGCUUCAUCAUCUUUGGCAUCUGCAUUGCCGCUGGCGUCGGUGAUGAAGGUACACUUGGCUUCAAGUUCUGGCACGACCCGGGUGCCUUCAACUCCUACAUGGUCCCUGGCGCCAUCGGCAAAUUCGUCGGGUUCUGGGCGGUUAUGAUCCAGGCUUCGGUGGCAUAUCAAGGAGCCGAGCUGGUCGGCGUGGGCGCCGGCGAGGCACGCGAUCCACGCAAGACAGUUCCCAACGCAAUCCGAGUCACAUUCUGGGGCAUCAUGGGCUUGUUCGUCUCGACCAUGUUUUUGAUCACGAUGCUUGUACCGUCCAACGAUCCCAACCUGCUCAACGACUCGUCUGAUGCGUCGGCCUCGCCGCUGGUCAUUGCUGCCCAGCGAGCUGGUGUCCGUGUCUUGCCGCAUAUCAUCAACGCCGUGCUGCUCACUGCCGUUCUCUCGGCAGCUAAUUCCAACGUCUACUCGGGCAGCCGCAUCUUGUUGGCGUUGGCGGAAGAGGGCCAAGCUCCGGCGUUCUUGAAGAAGACUGACCGCAGGGGCAUUCCAUAUUUUGCCGUCGCCGUGACCGCAAUGUUCGGACUUCUCGGUUUUCUCAAUUUGUCGUCUGGUGGUGGACAGGUGUUCGACUGGCUCCUUAACAUCAGCGGCGUGGCUGGGUUGACAACUUGGGCAAGCACAUGUCUGUCUCAUCUAUGCUUCACGCGCGCAUUGAAGGCACAAGGCAUUCCGCGCUCUGAGUUGCCAUAUGUCUCCAGAUUCCAGCCAUAUACGGCGAUUUAUGGCCUGUUUUUCAAUGUGCUCAUCACCCUCACACAGGGCUUCACUGCAUUUAUCGACUGGAACGUUAGCGACUUCUUCGCCGCGUAUAUCAGCGUUAUUCUCUUUGUGGUGCUGUGGCUUGGGCAUAAGCUGUGGUAUCGGGAGCCAUUUGUCGAUCCGGCGAAGGCCGACCUUGUACGAGGUCGCUAUGAUUCGAACGGAGAACGCUCGCCUGCUGAUGGCGGUGUGUAA